AUGCUCACGCAACAAUUAUAUCAACAUGCAUCUCUCACGGCCCCGGUUUCCGUCCUAGCGCUCGACGUCAAGAUCGGAGCGUGGGAGAUCUACGAUCGCAGGUCACGUGAGGGCGCAUUGGCCUCACCGCGUUCUACUCGCGCGUUCGUGACACAGCUCGUUGAUGCGCUCGGUGUGCGUGCUGGUAGGGAGCACGGCGCCGCCGGCCGGGAGGCUCGGGAUGGGAGCACGAAUAUGCUCGAAGGCGCGGGUGGAGAAGUGAAGAAGCUGCUGCUGGCGCUGCACGUUGCGUUUCCGAACGAGCUGCUGCCUGCGCUGGACCUCCUCGAUCGCUCCCUCGUUACGCGCUUUCGCACCCGCCGCGACAUCGAUGAUCAAGCGGAAGCAGCUGCGCCUCAAGGACUACGCGGACAGAUCGAAGGAACAGAUACAGAAGGAGCACCAGGCAACAGCAACACCGAUGGGAGCAUCAUCGACGCUCCAACGCAGCGUCCUCCGCCGCCCGACGGACUCGGCCCAACGCACCCAUCCGACGCCGAGAUGCUCGAUGCGCCGCCACACUCGGCUUUACCGGAAAACAUAGCGGAUGGAACUCCACGCGAUGCCAAGCAGGCGACGAUGGAGGACACGGUAUAUUACGUCCGCUCUGCGCAGCAGCGCUCCUCCCGCUUCAGCACAUCCUUCGACACGCUCACAUCCUACGAAGUGCGUCCCACCGCGUGGAACUGCUCGUGCCCUGCAUUCGCGUUCUCUGCUUUCCCGCCGGCGCAUCCUGAGCCGCCGGUGCCGAUGUACGAUUCGGAUGAUGAAAUACAAGUAGAAGGCGAAGUGUGGAGCUUUGGAGGGUUCGGUCUGGGCGAGGGUAUACCGCCGGUGUGUAAGCAUUUACUUGCUUGUGUGCUUGCGGAACGGUGCGCUGGGCUGUUCGGAGGGUACGUGGAGGAGCGUGCUGUUAGUGUGGAGGAAGCUGCUGGGUGGGCGGCUGGAUGGGGAGAUUGA